AUGUCGGACAAGUUGACGCGCAUUGCUAUCGUCAGCACAGACAAGUGUAAACCUAAGAAAUGCCGUCAGGAAUGCAAAAAGUCCUGCCCCGUGGUGCGUAUGGGCAAGCUCUGCAUUGAAGUAGGUCCAAAGAGCAAGGUGGCUUAUAUUUCAGAGCAGCUCUGUAUUGGUUGCGGUAUUUGCGUCAAGAAGUGCCCAUUUGAGGCUAUUAACAUUAUAAACUUGCCCAAAGAUCUGGAAAACAACACGACGCAUCGCUACGGUGCCAACACGUUCAAACUCCACCGUCUGCCCAUGCCUCGUCCAGGCCAGGUGUUAGGUCUGGUUGGUACGAACGGUAUCGGCAAGUCCACGGCACUGCGUAUUCUGGCAGGAAAACUUAAACCCAACCUGGGAAAAUUUGAUGCCCCACCUGAGUGGCAGGAGAUCCUCACCCACUUUCGUGGCUCCGAGCUGCAAAAUUACUUUACGCGCAUCCUGGAGGACAACCUCAAGGCCAUCACCAAGCCACAGUAUGUGGACAAGAUCCCUAAGGCUGUCAAAGGCACGGUGCACGCCAUUUUGUCUGCUCGUUGCGACAAGAAGGAAAAGCUGGACCACUUUUUGAAGGAACUAGAUUUGUCGCAUGUGCAAGACCGUGAGAUUGAGAACCUAUCGGGGGGUGAGCUGCAGCGUUUUGCAAUUGCUGUCGUAGCGGUGCAGAAGGCUGACAUAUACAUGUUUGAUGAGCCAUCGUCUUACCUGGAUGUGCGUCAGCGUCUUAAGGCUGCUCUCGUGAUUCGCUCAAUGGUAGAUGACAACGGGCGCUCGUACGUAAUAUGUGUCGAGCAUGAUUUGAGUGUACUGGACUACUUGUCCGACUUUAUCUGCGUGUUGUAUGGUACGCCGUCAGCCUACGGUGUGGUUACUAUGCCGUUCAGUGUGCGUGAAGGUAUCAACAUUUUUCUUGCCGGUUUCGUACCUACGGAAAAUUUGCGUUUUCGCACUGAGGAGCUAACGUUCAAGGUCUCGCAGAACGCCGACGAAUUUAGCACCAACGAGGGCGAUGCUAACUCGUUUAACUACCCGGCGAUGACGAAGACGAUGUACAAGAAAAAAAAUGACACUGCUUUUAAAUUGCACGUCGAAGCUGGUGAUUUUACCAACUCAGAGAUUAUAUGUAUGCUUGGUGAGAAUGGUACGGGUAAGACUACAUUUAUUCGAAUGCUGGCUGGUCUACUUAAGUCUGAUGAGAUGGAAGCUGCCGAGAAGUCUAAUGAUGAUGUAGCUAUGUCAAACUGCGCCCUGCGUUAUGACUCGUCCACGAUCAGCUACAAGCCGCAAAAGAUUGCGCCAAAGUUUCAGGGUACAGUUCGUGAGCUGCUGCACCGCCGCAUUCGUGAGGCUAUUGUGCAUCCGCAGUUUGCGACGGAUGUGACGAAGCCGCUGAACCUUGACAAUAUUAUAGAUCAGGCUGUACCCCAUUUGUCCGGCGGUGAGCUGCAGCGAGUGGCUAUUAUAUUGUGUCUAGGCAAGCCCGCAGAUAUUUACUUAAUUGAUGAGCCGUCUGCGUACUUGGAUUCUGAGCAGCGUAUUUUGGCUGCCAAGGUUAUUAAGCGGUUUAUCUUGCAUGCUAAGAAGACGGCAUUUGUCGUGGAGCACGAUUUUAUUAUGGCCACGUACCUGGCCGAUCGCGUGGUUGUUUACGACGGCAAUCCAGGUAUCGAGUGUACCGCACAUGCACCUCAGGGUCUCCUGACGGGUAUGAACGCAUUUUUGAAGCAGCUGGAGAUCACGUUCCGACGGGAUCCUACGAAUUAUCGCCCGCGUAUUAACAAGUACGGCUCUGUUAAGGAUGUUGAGCAGAAGACCUCGGGCAACUUUUUUUUCAUGGAUGACUAA